AUGUAUCCAGACGCACAAAUCCAGCAAGAGCAAGUACUCCCUGAGAGCGAAAACAAAAGCAAAAUACAGGUUCUUCUCUCACGGGCUCAGAAACCAGAGGUACUGUUGGUGCAAAUCUUCAGACAAGAAUAUGAUGAGUACCUGAGGACGUCCAAUCUUGUCAAGCCAGCUGAACUGGAAACCGUCGAGAAUGUAGCUGUCAAUGAGGGUUGCAAGAUGGUGAGAGGCAGUCUGAUCAUGGGCAACCGGCACCUGCGAUGUCACCUUCUUCGUCUGCCGAUUCAGGUCCGCUACAGAAUAUAUGAAUUCAUAUUCUGUCAUCACAACGGUUAUGUCGAGAUAGGUGGACCAUAUAACCACCAAAUCGGGGAUUUGGCCAUCCUUAGGACCUCGCAUUUGUUUUACCAUGAAGCAUCUAUCGCUCUGUAUCAUUCCCUGGGCGAUCGACUGCUCUUUUUCAGAAAUUACGGGUCGAAGUCAGCUGAUUUCCUCAGACGUCAGCCAACGCCGUUGCCUUGCUGCCGUAACCGAGUCUUCCAGCAAUGGUUGGAAUACCCCUGUCGUAACAAAGAAAUUGUGUGGAGAAGAUCUUUCAAGAACAUCGUUUUUUUGAUCGGAGCAUCCGAGCCCCUGCUGGCAGUUCAACGUCGAUGGGCUUUUGCAGAGUUCAUCACCACUCUAAGGAUGAGCGAGCCCCUCAGAGUUCACGAGCUUUCUGUUGUUGUGUACAAUCAAUGGAAAAUCCCCGGAUUUGAUGAGGGAGACCUGGUCCGCGCUCUGUUCAGUGGGGGGAUUGAAUUCCUCGGAAGGUUGAUCUUCAGAGGCCUAGCCGAAGACGAGACAGAGCGCCUCACUCAACUCAUCUUUGCGCUCAGAAUUCCCAAUUUGACGAUCGAGCGGAUCAGAACACUAGCAAAGGAGAGAGAAGUCUCUAUAAAUCUGUGUAAGUGGCCCGCUUUUGUUGCAUGCCUUCUUCUGCCACUUGUUCUCAUUUGA